AGUGAAAGAGCUUGUGCGUGUGAGAAAGCGAAAAUUAGUGCGCGAGUGUGUGUUGGUGGUUAAGCUGUGUUUAACACGUGCGUUAUUGAUGGUGUGCGUGUUUACUUGUUAAUUCACUGAAACCAGCAGCAGCGGCAUAGUGUAGCAUACGUCGGUAGUGUCACAAAAUCGGAAAAAUCCAGUGUAUCCGUUUGUGUCGCGAGUCCUUUUAGCGGGUAGUGUGGAAAUCUAUCGUGCGUACGUAUCCGAGAAAAGCAGCCGAAAAUGGGAAACAUACACACCGUUGGACCUAAUGAGGCCCUCAUCGUAUCAGGUGGCUGUUGUGGCUCAACAAAGAAGCGCACGAUUGUAGGCGGCUGGGCAUGGGCCUGGUGGCUAGUGACCGAUGUUCAGCGGCUCUCGCUCGAAGUGAUGACCCUGAAUCCGAUGUGCGAAAUGGUCGAAACGGCUCAGGGUGUCCCGUUGACCGUGACCGGUGUAGCACAGUGCAAAAUCAUGAAGAUGAUGAACGUCUAUUAUUUUCACCAUCAGGCCGACGAGCUGCUGGGUACGGCGAGCGAACAAUUUUUGGGCAAAUCGGUGAAGGAGAUCAAGAUGACAAUCCUGCAAACGCUCGAAGGUCACUUGCGAGCCAUUCUCGGAACGCUUACAGUCGAGGAGGUAUACAAAGACCGCGAUCAGUUCGCGGCAUUAGUGCGCGAGGUCGCGGCCCCUGACGUCGGCAGGAUGGGCAUUGAGAUACUGUCCUUUACGAUCAAGGACGUGUACGACGAUGUCCAGUACCUGCAGUCGCUCGGUAAGGCACAGACGGCGAGCGUAAAGCGCGAUGCUGAUGCGGGCGUUGCCGAGGCCAACCGUGAUGCUGGCAUUCGGGAAGCCGAGUGUGAAAAGAGCGCUAUGGAUGUAAAAUACUCAACCGACACGAAGAUCGAGGACAACGCACGCAUGUACAAGCUGCAGAAGGCAAACUUUGAUCAGGAAAUCAACACUGCGAAAGCAGAAUCGCAACUUGCAUACGAACUGCAGGCAGCCAAGAUCCGCCAGCGCAUACGUAACGAAGAAAUUCAGAUCGAUAUUGUCGAGCGUCGCAAGCAGAUCGAGAUCGAAACUCAGGAAAUCAAUCGAAAGGAGUGCGAGCUGUCCGCCACCGUAAAGCUGCCGGCCGAGGCGGAAAGUUACCGCGUACAGACGAUCGCCGAGGGUAAGCGCACGCAAACGGUUGAAACGGCACGUGCGGAAGCUGAGCGCAUCAAGAAGAUUGGAUCGGCGGAAGCGUACGCUAUCGAACAGGUCGGAAAAGCGGAAGCGGAGCGGAUGCGCAUGAAGGCGAACGUGUACAAGAUGUACGGCGAUGCGGCCAUCAUGAAUAUCGUGCUCGAAUCACUGCCUAAGAUUGCGGCGGAAGUUGCGGCUCCGUUGGCAAAGACCGAGGAGAUUGUACUGAUCGGUGGUAACGAUCAAACGACGGGCGAUGUAACGCGUCUCGUUGGCCAGCUGCCUCCAGCCAUCAAUGCCCUGACCGGUGUCGAUCUAUCGAAAGUGCUGGGAAAGAUUCCCGGCGCAAAAGCAUAAUCAGACGACGGACGAUGGAUGCUGAUGACUUCAGCGUAAUGUGGU